CAAUUAUUUCUUAAUAUAACAGUUAUUUUCGAUUCAAUGGUUUGUUUUGUUUUGAUUUUUGCCAUAUUUUGCAUCAAUUCAUACAUUGAUUAGUAGUCUAUGAGUGAAAGCAUUUAAUCAUUCAUUCAAUCCUUCAUUGAAUUACAUUUCCAUUCAAUUAUUUAUUGCAUUUGUUUUGUGAAUCUCUUUCAAUGUUUUAACCAUUGAUUUGCUGUCAAAGAAAUCGAUUGUUUAGUGAUUUUGCGACACAAAUGGCCAACAAUUGCGGAUCAGAUACUGAUCUCACAUUUGCCUCAUCUGACGAAGAAAUACUAUACUUAAGAAGAAGAGUGACUGAAUAUCAGACAGAGUUAGAAGAGUUUCAGGAAUCGAGCCAUGAAUUGGAGUCAGAACUGGAGGCACAGCUCAUCCAAUCAGAGAAGCGCAUCCAAGAGUUGACUCAACACAACUCCAGACUCCAGUCGGACAACGAAUCACUGAAAGCAAAGUUCGGCAAACUUUCGGUCGAAAGUCAGAACCAAAUCCUUGAACUGCAGAAGGAAACGGCGGAAUUGGGAUCAGCUAACGAUCGGCUCACGUGUUAUAUCCGAGAACUGGAACAGUCCAACGAUGACCUCGAAAGGGCGAAGAGAGCCCUCGACGCCAGUCUUCAAGACUUCGACACUCGACUCAAUCAACAAAUUGAACGAAACGUUUUGCUCGAAAAUGAAAUCGGAGAGAAAGAGGAGCUCCAGGAAGUGAUCCAACGUCUCAAAGACGAGGCACGAGAUCUGAGACAAGAGCUGAUGGUUCAGCAAAAGGUGGAGCCCAACACUGACAAGAGGGUGACCGGCAUUGGGGCCCAUAAACUGCCAAUCGAUAGCUCAUUAAAUAACAACAAUAAUUGCAAUAAUAAUAACAAUAAUAAUACUAAUAAUACAAACAAUAAGAUUAGGAGUAAUAGCAUUAAUGUAAGUCAUUGCGAGACUCAAACAAACGGCACUCCAACUAAACAGACGAGACUUAAUUACAUGAGUCGAAGCAUAUCUAACCCGACGUCACCGUCGGUGGCCUCUCAGUGUCAGUCCACACAACCGCUGCCAUUGCUGUCUCCGUCGACUCGUAUAUCGGCGCUCAAUAUAGUGAGUGAUUUACUCCGAAAAGUGGGUGCCUUGGAGUCAAAGCUGGCCUCUUGUCGUAAUAUCGUUACCACAAACUCUUCUCUCUCCCGAAACUCAUCCCUCAAUAACAACAGAUCAGCCAAUUCUACGCCAAUUAGCUCUCCGGUCAAAGACCCCAUUAGAGACAUCAAUGCCAACUGUUAGUCCACCUCUUCUACAGACAGCACUCGUUAUUUCGAUUCUCACAUUCAUUAUUCACAACAGAAGACACAUCUUAU